AUGGCAUCUCCAUCUUUCAUCACUAUCCAGGCCAAGGCUCUGCCGCUGGGCACGGCCGAGUUCGAGUCCAAAAAGGCAGCCGUGCUGGACGCCUUUGCCAAAAAGGUGCCGCGCGAGUAUUGGCUGCCUGAAACGCUGAUUCGGAACCCGCCCACGGACGUGUCCGGCAUCCCGGCAACGUGCGGGAUUCUGAGCGCCGAGGAGAUCCACAUUACUGAGGACUACGAUGCCGUGGCCCUGGCAGCAGCCAUUGCCGAGCGCAAGCUCAGUGCCGUGGCCGUGGUGACGGCCUUUGCGAAGCGUGCCAUCAUCGCGCACCAGCUGACCAACUGCCUGACACAGUGGUGGAUGGACGAAGCCAUCGAACAGGCCGCAGCCCUGGACAAGUACCAGGCCGAGAACGACGGCCGCACUCUGGGACCGCUGCACGGCGUGCCCAUCAGCAUCAAAGACCAUGUCCCGAUCGCGAAUACGUUCUCGUCGGCCGGCUGCCUCGCCACCGUCAGCCUGGAUGCGGAAGACUGCCAAAUAACGGCCAGCUUACGGCGGGCUGGCGCCGUCUUCUACUGCAAGACCAACCAGCCCCAGACGCUGAUGCACCUCGAGAGCGACUCGCUCUGGGGCCGCGUACUGAACCCUUUCCACAUCGGCCUCUCGGCCGGUGGCUCCUCCGGUGGCGAGGCCGCCCUACUGGCCAUGAAGGGCUCUGUCCUUGGCCUUGGCACCGACAUCGGCGGCAGUGUCCGCGGGCCCGCCUGCUUCUGCGGCAUCUACGGUUUCAAAUCCACCUCCUAUAGGCUGCCGACGCGCAACUUCUUGCCCACCACUUCCGCUGCCGAGCUCAACGUCGUCGCCUCUACCGGUCCAAUGGGCCGCAGCAUGCGCGACCUCGACCUCUUCAUGACCGCCGUCCUCGGCCCCAGCGAUGCUCCAGCCCCUCACCUGCUGCUGGAUCUCCAGCUCGUUCCCAUUCCCUGGACCGGCCUGGCUACCCCCCGCGGCCCCAAGCCCCUCAAGGUCGGCAUCAUCGCCCACGACGGCUUCAUCACGCCUCAGCCGCCCGUGACGCGGGCGAUCGCCUGGGCCCGCGAGCGCCUGGCCGAUCCCAGGCUGGCUGGGCUCAUCGAAGUCAAGCCCUUCACGCCGUUCGGUGCGUCCGAGGGCUGGAACCUGGUUCGCAAAAUUUACUGGCCUGAUGGCGGCCAGGCCAGCCGUGACGUCAUCACAUCCACCGGCGAGCCGCUUCACCCUCUUAGCGACUGGAUCUGGAAAGACGAGGCUCCAGACGGCAUGACCUCUGCUGCAGCCGUCAACGAUCUGCGCCAGAAGCGAAAUAAGUUCCGCUACGACUUCGCUCAGAGCUGGCAGGACCAGGACGUCGAUGUCGUCCUUGGGCCUGGCUUCGUCGGUCCUGCUAGUGCCCAUGACUCCAGCUUCUACUGGACAUACACGUCGCUGUACAAUCUCGUCGAUUAUCCAGGCGUGUCCAUUCCGACACCUGUCAAAGUUCAGGCUGGCGAGCACUACGACAGUAGCUAUGUGCCCCUGAGCGAUCCUUGCAAGCAUGUGAAGACGCUCUGGGAAGCCUCCAGUUUUGAAGGGGCGCCCAUUGCUCUGCAGUUGGUGGCGAGAAAGCAUCGCGAUAAUGAGUUGUUUGGCGCCAUGGCUGUCUUGAAGGAUGCUCUUGAUCUACCUUAG